AUGUAUUAUAAGAAGAAAGAGAAUGGGUCCCACAUAGUUACAGCACAGACAUCUGUUAUAGUCGCACCAAGCUAUACAUUUUGGAUUGAUGAGUCUUCAAAAAUCUUUGUUACCGAUUCGUCCGCUGAAUACAACUUCUUUAAAGAGUUUAUUUUCGGAGUGUCCAAGAGUAUGCUGUCCAACCUAAUGACUCGUACAAAGAUUAGGCCCCGCUUUGUUGCAGUAACGGUUUCCCUAUUCUAUUUUGUGGUGGAGCCAAGUGAUAGUGAUAGUCAAUCUAUGCAAUUUUCAUGUAAAUCAGAACAAACUUUUAUGAAUCUACAGUAA